GUAGCAUGUCCAUUCAACCAAUACAACGAUGGCUCUUCAAGUUACUGCAAGGCUUGCCCUGCAAAUUCAGGACAUGGUAUUAUUGGAAGCACUAGUUUGUCUGAUUGUAAGUGUUUCAAAGGAUAUACUGGGUCUCCACAGCAUGGUCUCUCAUGUACAGGUGAGAAUUUUGUCAACACGCACCAUUCUUUUGUCCCACUAUUUUCAGCAUAUAAAAGUGAUAAAAAAUUCUGAAAUGCUUAAAAUAUUUGAUUAAGAAUUUUUGUCCACUCAGACGAUGCUUUCUAAAUAGGUUUAUCAUUGCGGCCUAACCAAAUGUAUAUAUUUCAUAACUGACAGUUUUGUUUGGAAACUACCCAUUCACGGAAUCAUAACAUAUAAAGAAAGAAAAAUUUGCUUUCAUCUGCUUGUUACAGGCUUAAAUUCUGAAAGAUAUUUUGAGUUGUUAAUAUAUCCUCUCUUUUAAACAGUUAUAUUUCUUGAGGUCAAAAUCUCUGAAUUGAUCAAGAAGAAAGUUGGAUUAGUUAUAGAGUUGACUAGUGGAAAGAUAAUUUUUUUAAUUGGGUUAGCGAAAUCAAUAAAAGAUGGCGCUAAGUCCAGAGAGAGUUCAGUUUAUAAGAGAAGACCAAUGUGAAAUAACAACGUCAUUCUUCUGUUUUUGUCCCAUAUAGUUAGGUCAUGUGAAAAGUUGGUGCCCCCACAAAACGGCGCUUUCGUUGGUACCUGCAACUCUGUAUAUGAGUCAGUAUGCCGAAUCGAAUGCAUUGAAGGCUAUGAACUAUCGGGCAGCGAAGAGAGGAAGUGCAUCUUGAGCGAAUAUGGUUUCAUGGACUGGUCAGGAAUUGCCUCCCAUUGCGUCGGUGAGAAAAUUAGACUGCGACUCAUAUUUAAUAAUCAUCGCGACCAUCACAAUACUUUUUUAAGGGUACUGACACUUUCAAGUAUAUAUAGUCCUUAAAUAUAUUCUCGCAGCACAGGCUAAAAUAAGAGCGAUUUUCGUAUGGCCUCAAAAUGAAAACGCUCGAACAAAACAGAAACAACAAACAAGCGGAAAAAUCAAUCGAUAUUUCGCUUUGACGUCAUACUGCAACGCGAUUGGCCAAUCAAACAAUCCCUUCUCCAUAUUAGGGUUUUCUUUGGCGGGAAAACGGAGAGUCCAUGUUUUCAUCUUUUCAUCCAUUGGCUGAUAAAACAAAUGACGAACACUUACCGAACCAUUCUUCAAGGUCAUACGAAAAUCGCUCUAAUAACAAAGAACUAUUUGUUAUUGAUCGCAAUGGAUGAUUUUGUUUGGGAGGUAAUUAUAACAGAUGAGAUCAAUUUGUAUUCAUUUUGCUACCUUGUCCUUAUGUUAUGACCCUGACUUGUUUCAUUUUGCAUUCAGAAUUAGGUAAUUUUUUAAACUAAAUUCAUGGAAUUAGAUUUAAAAAAAAAAAAAAAAAAACAUGUUGGUGCUGAGGACCGCUCAUUUCCAACCUUCAGACUCUUUUAAGCCUGUUAAAGGAUUCCGGCUUCAAAAGACACCUUUUCAAGAUGUGAAAUAAGGAAAUUGUAAACCCUGAAAAGCGGCGCAUAGCCGAAUAGGCCAAAUAAGAGAGUGUCUACCCCCGGGAUAGAAGCAUGGUAUAUGUUUUUUUUUAAAAUAAAUAACUGCUAAAUAUGAACCUUCGAUGUCGAAUGUCAAUUAAAAACUGAUGUAUUUUGAAACAAUUUUUUGUUGCAAACGUCAUAAAUAUAGCCUCCCACGCAGGCGUUUUCAGGGGGAGCUCGUGGGGAGGGGUGAAAGACGAACUCCCCUAAAAACGCCUGUGUGGGAGGCUAUCAUAAAUACAGAGACUCCUGCCUCGUUCCCAGUGUCGCUCGCCUGUUGUUUCUCGCUGCUCCCCAAUUAGCCUUGCGAAGCCUGUGGAGAUGGCAGCAGAGACUCAAUAUCUUAAUAUAUUUUUUUAGCCAUUAGAUGCCCUUUCCUGUUCGUAGCAAACGCCUUCCCACCUAUGUGCUCAAGUGUUCUCAUGUCACCCGGAACUUAUUGCUCCUUCCGAUGCAGAGAUGGGUUCUAUAUGAAAGGCUCUGAGGUGCGCGUCUGUCAGCAGGACAAGUCGUGGACUGGGAGUCAAACAACUUGUGAACAGAAAGGUUUUUACAUAAAUCACAGAGCUCGAAAAAAGUCUCUUCUGGUAGUCCGCGACUAG